GCCUAAUUUUAUAGAUUUCAUUUGUUAGAUUAAAACCCAAUAUGAAAAGUAUCAAAAGGUAUGCUAAGUAUGAGAGGAAGUCUGAGCCAGAAUUAGAUGUUUCCUCGGACAAACAAGGGACUUAUUACCAGUUUUUAGUCGAACGGAAAGUCCCGAAUGGCACUCUCCGUCAUAUUGCUUCAUUAAUAAAUGUCACCUAUGAAUUCAUUCCAGACAACUAUCAAAGGAAGAGACAGAAGCUUAAAGAGGAAGAAGAUCUUGACUGCGGAUCUUUGAUACAGAAGAAGGAGAAUGUUAAAACUUAUGACAACUUCCAUGAAAAUGUGAUUAGCGAAGAACUCAAUGUUCUUCAAAAUAUGGAGCUCAAGAUGCUCAAGGAUAGGCCUAGAAAGACAUGCGUUAAGGCCCUCACCAAGAAGAGGAAGAGCUACCCUCUGUACGAAAAUCUUCCCUUCAGAGGCUCCGACUGAGGAACCAGGGAAGAGACUGACUAUAUCACGUUAAACAAGAGGUCUAGAAAUACUCGCAAAUCAAGGAAGAAUCCAAGGGUUGAUAAAGACCAAGACCUUCCAUUUUUCAGGAAUCAGAAGCUAACACCAUGAAAUUUGAAAAUGGGAAAUCAUAAGAAAGAGAGGUGAUCUAACCCUGAUUGAAACGAAAAGGCUUGAUAUUUUAUCACAUAUGCUAAUAAACAGAAGAGAAUUAAGUCUACUUAUAAGAGCUCUUUGGCUGAUAUUCCUAUGAAGAAAAGUAAGAGUCUAGUAUGCCCACAGAAGGACAAUUCACUAAAUCUUGGCAUUAGAAGAAACCCUAAGGUUAAGUAUGUCAAGGCAGAUGUAUUCCGCAAACAUGAGAAAAUCAGAGAUCUCUUGUUUGAGCAAAAGAUGUCUGAGCUAGUAAAUUAUUCUGAGAAGGAGAAAGUAGAGAGGAAUUGUUCUUUCUUCAAAUAUGAUAAUUUAAACUUCCAACGGAAUCCAAUAGAAAAUUCAUGAGGGCUUGAACCCUUAGUUGAAGAAAUCGAAGAAGAGAAUGCUCAAGAAAAUAGAGAGUUUGUCAUCGCACAAGAUUACGGAAGUUUUGAUGGCGACGAAAAUUUAGACUCCCAAUACUCUUCAAUGCUAGGAGAUAGUAUUCCAGGAGAGUUCAACUUAGAGAUCAUCGGCAGUAAGAUCGAGAUCCCGAAGAUGGACGCUUUAGCCAAUAUCGAGGAAGAUCUUGAUAGACCAAAUAACGCAUCUUUACAGGGCUCUAAGAUAACUUUCGGGGAGCCCUCUGGAGAUGUAUUUGGACUAACUUUUGAGAAUACGUGUAAUGGGAUUUUCUGAGAUGACGGCAACAAUGAGUUCCUACCAAUUAACACACUUCAAUAA